UGUACAUACAUACUGUCGACCACCUCAAGGUUGGCAUCUUAUCUUAUCUACGAUGAGCACCAAAGCACGUCCGUUCGAAUUUGCCGCUAGACCGGAUAAAGAAUGCUAAGCGACUGCACACAACCAUCCGCCAUAGCUGGGUCACGAAAUCGCAGCGUCGAUUAUUGAAGUUGAGACACGAGAUUUGUCAAAAGGUUGAUUUAGGUACCAACAAGCUCCAUAAACACCAGCAAGAUGUCUACAGUCUCGGCAGAUUUGGUUUGGGAGAUCGUCCGAAACAACAACUCCUACCUCGUCAAGCGCAACACGGGCGGUGGUGUUCAAUUCUCGAGAGAUCCCCUGAACUUAACCAACAAGCACUCGCGCAAGCAUGCUGGAUUCGUAAACGAGAAGGCCAUUGGCGUUGUUGCCAACGAGAAGGGUGGUGUCAAGGUCGUCAGCAAGAAGAACAACCACUACAGCAAGCCCUCCGCUACCACCGAGACUGUCUUCCACGGAGGCAAGACCGCCCGCAAGACCUACAAGGCUGUUGCCAACCAGGCCGCCAAGUCUGGCUACCGCCCCGACCUCCGUGAGGCCGCUGUCCAGCGUGUCUCUGCCAUCCGUAAAUCCCAGCGCGAGCCCAAGCCCACCCCCGAGCGAAAGCCCCGUGGAAACAAGGCGAAGAAGGUUGUUGACGAGGAAUAGGGGAUUGGUUAUUGUAGGUGAAGGUGAUAUGGCUGGAAUGAGGACAAGCCAGUGUUUGGUACAGGGUAGCCCUAGUGCUUGCUUGUCUUGCUAGUUCGGUUCUCCUGCGCUUUUACCAGGAACAAGUCCUUGUGACUUCUGUCCUCGGCAACAGUGUAUACAUAUACACCUUGACGCAACGAGUCUACAGGAUGAAACCAACCAACCCAGAUAUCAUCAACCC